AUGAACAGGAUACGAAUCCAUGUUUUACCAUCAAGUCGCAACCGGGUGCCUCAGACACCCCGACCUCAGGAACCUCGCUGCUCUUUCACUCACGAGCCAUGCUCUCAGCCCCGCCUUGAAGGCUUGGAGUUCUGCAUCAAACAUAUUCUGGAGGACAAGAAUGCCCCAUACAAGCAAUGCAGCUAUGUCUUCCAAAAUGGCAAGCGAUGCCCGAAUGCAGCACCAAAGGUGGAAAGGAAGAUGGGUGGGGUGACAUUCUGCACAGAGCAUGCUCGUAGAAAUGCAAUGGCUCUCCGAGCUCAGAUGAGGAAGGUUUCUGGUCCAUCCCCAGAGGCACUCUUAUCUCAGCUAAGUGGAUACAACCGUGCAGAGAUGCAUAGUCUUGAUGGAGGUCGCUCUGAAGCUAGCCGUAUAUUAGAUGAGGACAGUCUGAGUGAGGAAGAGCAGGGCCCCUUGGUGUUAGACCAGACGUGGAGAGGAGACCCUGACAGUGAGGCUGACAGCAUCGAUAGUGAUCAUGAAGAUCCUCUUAAACAUGCUGGAGUGUACACAGCGGAGGAGGUGGCACUCAUCACUAGAGAAAAGCUCAUCAGGCUUCAGUCUCUCUACAUUGACCAGUUUAAACGGCUGCAGCACCUCCUUAAGGAGAAAAAGCGUAGAUACCUGCACAACCGCAAAACGGAGCAUGAUUCUUUAGGGAGCAGUCUGUUGACUGGACCUGAAGGACUGUCCUUAAAGGAGAGGGAGAACCUGAAGAAGCUCAAAGCUUUGCGUCGGUACCGUCGACGGUAUGGCGUGGAAGCUUUGCUGCACCGGCAGCUUAGGGAGCGAAGACAAGCAGUAACAGAAGGAGCUCAGCCAAACACAAGAAUGGCACAUGAGAAAUGCAUCUCGUUUGUGGAGGGAAUCCGUUGUCCAAACCCAUGUCUGCCGAUGACUCGCCACUGUCUAACACAUAUUUACCAGGACAGCAAUCAGGUGCUUUUCAAAAUGUGUCCAGGACUGAAAGAUGCCCCAUGUGACCGGACUGUACACAUGGGUCAGUCUGAGGACCCUCGCUGCCCACUCCACCUCACCUUACCUCCCCCCAUGUACCAGCCGGAGCAGGAGCCUCCACCACAGGAGCAGCUCACUCCAGCAAGCAAAGACAUGUAUCUGAGUGCAGCUGAACUGCAGCCCACAGAGAGUCUUCCCUUAGAGUUCAGUGAUGAUCUGGAUGUGGAAGGGGAUGGCAUGCAAGGACCUCCAUCUCCUCUUCAGUUUGACACAGCCCUGGCUCUGGAGGACCAGACCAUCAGAGCCAUCGCUGAAGCCCCUAUGGACAUACUGACAGGAGAAGACCCCGAUCAGGUUGACCUGGAUACCUCAGGACAGCUUUCAGAAAGAGAUGUGGAUGCCAUCAUGGACGACCAGGUGGUGUCAGAGGUGGUCGGAGGCGAAGAAGACACCACAGACAAUUCACUUCAAGACAUCGACACCUCCACAGUUGAAGCUCCUAGAUGAAGAUGAAGCUCAAAUCUUCACAAUUAUCAGGAGCAUGCUUCAUUUGCGCAAAGACAGAUGCUGUGCUGGCCAUCGAUCCGUGGAUGAUCUACAGCGUGGAUCAAAUCUGACCAUUUACCACUGAAAUGCUCAUUUACUGACUGUACUUCUGUCACAUGGGUCUAUUUAUUGUUUCAUUGGGGUAAACUGCCUUACAUUGUUCACACCCUGUUUAUUUUUAAGACUGUUAACUCAUUUUCCAUCAACUGAAGUUUGAUUAAAUCUCAUCAAAUGGAUGUGAAAGUGUUCAGAUUAAUAAUAUGACUGGUACAGGGCGUUGAGUGAAGAUUUUGUGUCGGCGUCCACGAAUAGUUUGUUAAAAAUCUCUCAUCCACAAAUAAACUAUUUUAUGAUACA